UAAAGAGAGAAGCCACAGAGAAACUUCCUAUUGCCUGGGUGUGGGCCAAGUCACAUGGAUUGGGUGUGGGAAGUUUCAGUGUUGUAAGACAGACCAGGAAGCUCACUGAAAAUUAUCCAGAGCUUUGUAACAAACUGACAAAAGAGAACAUUGGAUUUUUAUUCAAAAUGGAUUGGUUAAACGUCUUUAAAGAUUUUUUCAGCAUUGGAAAAGUGAAAAGAAAACCUAGUGUGCCAGACUCUGCAUCUCCCGCUGAUGACAGCUUUGUUGACCCAGGAGAACGUCUGUAUGACCUCAGCAUGCCUGCUUAUGUAAAAUUUAACUACAUGGCUGAGAGAGAAGAUGAGUUAUCUUUGAUAAAAGGCACAAAAGUGAUCGUCAUGGAGAAAUGUAGUGAUGGGUGGUGGCGAGGAAGCUACAAUGGACAAAUUGGAUGGUUCCCUUCAAACUAUGUAACUGAAGAAGGUGACAGUCCUUUGGGUGACCAUGUGGGUUCCCUGUCAGAGAAAUUAGCAGCUGUCGUCAAUAACCUAAAUACUGGGCAAGUGUUGCACGUGGUACAGGCUCUUUACCCAUUCAGCUCGUCCAAUGAUGAAGAACUGAAUUUUGAAAAAGGAGAUGUAAUGGAUGUUAUUGAAAAACCAGAAAAUGACCCAGAGUGGUGGAAGUGCAGGAAGAUCAAUGGAAUGGUUGGUCUGGUGCCAAAAAACUAUGUUACCAUUAUGCAGAAUAAUCCAUUAACCUCAGGUUUGGGACCGUCACCUCCGCAGUGUGACUACAUUAGACCUUCACUCACUGGAAAGUUUGCUGGCAAUCCAUGGUAUUAUGGUAAAGUAACCAGGCAUCAAGCAGAAAUAGCAUUGAAUGAAAGAGGGCACGAAGGGGAUUUCCUCAUUCGUGAUAGUGAAUCUUCGCCAAAUGAUUUCUCAGUAUCACUAAAAGCACAAGGGAAAAACAAGCAUUUUAAAGUCCAACUGAAAGAGACUGUCUACUGCAUUGGGCAGCGUAAAUUCAGCACCAUGGAAGAACUUGUAGAACAUUACAAAAAAGCACCAAUUUUUACAAGUGAACAAGGAGAAAAAUUAUAUCUUGUCAAGCAUUUAUCGUGAUACUGCUGACCAAAAGUGACUGCUACACAGCUUUAAUUUGUCAUGUAGUUGAAGACUGAGAAAAUGUCAGUCCAGUCAUGCUUGAUUUCUAACGCUGUAUGAGAAUUGACUAUAAUACAUACGUAUUUUUAUUAUAACUCAGCACAUACGUAUAUACUGUGUAUGCAGAGCAUCUGCAUAAAGCAAUUACUUAGUCUGCUUUAUGGUUUUCUUUACUGUUUUUCUCUUUGCUUCUAAUAUUAAAAUUUUGUAUUUUGAAAAAAAUUAAUGGAAAUCAGAAGUCUUUACAUGGAAGAGUUUCUUUAUUGCCUUUCCUUUAUUUCCUUGCAAGGACAUCCUAUUGGUUGUUCCACUAUGGUUUUCCUUCAUGUAAAAUUCUUAUAUCGAUAUAUAACAUAUGCUAAAAUAAAAGAGUUAAUCUUUACUGUGACUGAAUAGCAAUAAUAAAUGAAAAAAUAGAAAUUAUUUUCAGGCAUUGUAUUUGUCACAGAUCGUUGUAAAUACCAAGUAUGUUGUGUCUGCCAUUAUUUUAAAAAAUCCUUUCAUUGUCUUCAAUGUAAAGUAAAACAGAUUGGAUAUAGGCUGGAAAACAUCUUGUACAAUUUUAAUUUACAACUGUUGGAAACAAAAUCACUAAAUUCUUAAGAAUAUUUUUGGUGCUUCUGUUUCAUCUGGCUAUUCAAGAAAACAAAGCAGUCUCUGUGAGAUAUUUAGCUUUUCAAAUUGUAAAUGGAUUCUGUAGUGUUGUUUUCUUCUUUCUUUCUAGUGUUAUUUUACCAAAGCACCUUGUGUAAGGACAUGUUAUGUUUGUGCCAGUGUGAAAUAAGCUAUGGCUAAGUUUGGGGGAAAAUAGAAGGUGAUGAGAUACUUGUUUUAUUUCUAAACAUCAUUAAAUGUCAGGCUUAGUAUUUCCUAUUUUCAUGUACUCCUUUCAAUUGUGGAAUUUGUUGCCUGGGACAUGAAAAUUGAUGUAUUUUUCUUAAAUACCCCAGUACCUGAGGGAAAGAUGAGAUGUGCUCAUGGUUAGCAAGAAUUAUAUUAUUUUUUAAAUCUUGUUUUUGCAGGUCCCUCUAUUAUGUUUUGUUCACCAAACAGGAUUUGGGGUAUAUGAAUGAGAGGCUACUGUAAAGUAGUGAAUCCACUUCUGUUGGUCACAGAAGAAAAUGCGUAUUUUAUGAUUACAGCUCACUUUUUCCCUCAUUUUGAAAUUUAAUUCUGAAGAUUUAAAUUUAAGCAAAGUAACUUUAAGUAUUUUUAUUGAAAAUACUUCUUAAAACCAUAAAAUUUAGUAAACAGUAGGAAGUCAUACGAUUUUUUCAAGAAUUUUCCCAGUGUUGUCUAAGCAUAAGAAUGUUUCUGUCCCUUGAUGUUAUUAAAAAUUUGAUACACCAGAAUUACUGGUGUUAAAAUUGAAGUUGUCUAAUUUAUGGGUUUUUUUCCAAUAUUCUUUUAUUCUUUAAAUCUUAAAAUCAUUUAAAGAUUUACAUUGCCACUGGGUAGCAGCCCUGGUUUCUUGUGUUAAGCACCAGGAGUUAGCAAAUAUAAUGAAGACGUACAAAUCUUCAUCUUCAUUACAUCUGCUUUUAAAACCUUUUAGUUCAUACUUCAUUAUCUGUUUAACUCGGUCCCACUUUGUUUAUAAAGAUGAUUAUUAAUAGGUAAGUUUAAUGGAAAUAAAAAUCAUGUAUGCUUUUUUGCUGUGAAAUCACAUGAAUAUAAAUUGAAGAAGGAAGUUUUAAAGUGGUUGUAAAAGCCUAGGUAGUAAACAUCUUUUUAUUUAAGUUUUGACAAACUUCAUGAUGCUCCUUUUCCCCAUCUCUUCGUUUUUUUCUAUAUGAAGACUUAUGACUAGUUUGUAAAAAACCAGCAAUUAAUACUUUGUAUCACAGACAUGAGCUACUUACAGCAAACCCCACUGAACUGAUGUUAAUAGAGCGUCAUUUUGAGAAAGUAGCUAGCAAUAGAGUACCACUGGAAGCUGAAUGCAUAUUUCUGUGUCAUAAUUAGACAGUAUAGCUGGAGAAUUCCCAGAUAGCCCAUGUGUGACAAUAUCUAGUGUGUGCUGUUAUGAGAUGAAAACCUCACUGGGAGCUACUUAAUUUUGUACUUCUGCAAAAUUUUAUCAGUUUUUAAACUUAAUCCUUACACCAAUGGCUGUUUUCAUAAGCAUGGAUUUUACUUGAAGCAAUUCUCUUUAAGAACUAGAACAACCUUAGAAAACAUCUACAUAGCUAGGUAAUAUUGGAAUAUUAACGAAAGAAUAAAUUUCCUUAUUCCUAGCCUGGAGCUUCUCUUUAUCAUGACACCGGAGAGUCCUGGGGAAGAGCAGUAUUACAGAAUUUUUCUUCCACAUAUGAAGAGAUGAUUAGCUAUCAGUUUGAAUUUAUAUAACACACAUACACACAACCCCCAUACAACCCACUUCUACAAAUAACUUCUUCAGAAUCUUGGAAGAAGGUUUUUCUAUAUAAACUUAACAAAAAGAAGCAAUUACUACUUAUUUCAUCAUAAAUUCUUAGGGUUCAGCUGAGUACAUACUCACACAUAUCACCAAACACAGUAACACAUGCACCUAGCACUCUUAAAGACAGUGUUUCACAGAGAAUUUCACUAAAUGGGAAGGCUAAGUAUAGUCUGUUGCCAUUACUGGAAGAAUAAAAAGGCCUAGCAGAUGAGCAAUGUGGGGUGGUUAGAAUAUGGUCAUCCUUGUUAGGUACGUGGAGCCCUGGUGGUGAUGAAGAGUGUGGCUGCUAACCAAAAGAUUGGCAGUUCGCAUCCACCAGCCACUCCUUGGAAGCCCUAUGGGGCAGUCCUACUCUGUCCUAUAGGGUCUCUGAAUUGGAAUUGACCCGAAAGCAACGGGUUGUACCUACGUGGUACAUAAAUUAUAUUCAGCUUUAAAGCUCUGAUUCUAUCAUUUGGAUCAGAGGUUGCAAAGAAGUAGGGCCACUGCUGUCCAUUUAGUACCUUUGUGAGAAUUAGGUCUCUUACAGGCUUACCCAUCCCCCUUCCUGCUUGGUGAAUAGAGAAGUCUGAAUUUCACCCCCAUCUCUCAGCCAGGUCCCUAAUUCAGGAUGCAACCAUAUGCUUUAUAUACCGGAAUAUUGUUUGACCCACAUAGUGCUUUAAAAAAUUUGUUUUCUGCCAUCCAGUCGACUCUGACUCAUGAUGACCUUAUGUACAACAAACAAUGAAACAUUGGUCAUACUUACAUUCGCCAGCAUGUUCAAGUCCAUCGCCGGUGGCUGUUGUGCCAAUCCAUCUCACUAAGGGUCUCCCACACCUUUGUUGGCCCUGUUCACCAAACGUUCUCCUUUAGUGAAUGAUCCCUCAUGAUGAUGUGUCCAAAGCAAGUGAGUCAGUCAGUGUUAUGUUGUGAUCCAUAAGGCUUCCAUUGGCUAAUUUCUGGAAGUAGAUUGCCAGACCUUUCUUUCUAGUCUGUUUUAGUCUAGGAGCUCCACUGAAGCCUGUCCACCCAGCUGGUGACCCAGCUGGUAUUUGAAAUACCAGUGGCAUAGCUUCCAGCAUCAUAGCAUCAUGUAAGCCAUCACAGUAUGACAAACCGAUGGAUGGUGGAAUUAGUUGGCUAGUCAACAUUUUAAAAUUGAGUCCACAUAAAAUUCAGAGUUCUGUUUUCUCUUCAAAAGUGAAACAAUACUGGAAUUAAAUUCUCACAAUGCCAUAAUCAGCUGAAUGUUCCCUUUAUUUUUAUCAGUGCAUAUGGGGAAAAAUUUCAAGCAGUAUAAAAAAGUCUCCCAACCCUUAUCCUUUUAAUUCACAUCUCCAGAUGCAGUCACUGUUAACUACUUUUCCUGUAACAGUUUUCAGUUUGGAAUCUGGAAACAUUUUCAGAAAUACUUCAGAUGCAUGUCCAAAUCAAUAAAUAAGGAGUAGCAUUACAGCAUAUUUUGUUUUUUGUUUUUUUUUUGGUGCUUUACAGAUGGUAUCUUAUUUAAUCAUUAAGCAUCACCUUAUUGAGAGAGAGGAUUAUCCUUAUUUGUAAAUGAGCAAGUUAAGAAACAAUGGUUAAGAACCUAGUCCAACAACAACAGCAUAUAUUGACAUCUGUUAGCCAAUUUUUAAAAUGUCUGUGUUAACUGAAGAACAGUUUAUAAGCAUGAGGAUUCUUUGGUCCUGUAGUACAGCAUACUUUUAACUUUACCAUUUUAAUACUUUGCUAGAAGAUAAGGGGGUCUUGUGUAAUCUUGCAUUUAUAUGGAGCUUUCAACUGCGUCUAAAUUGCUUCACAGCUGUGGUCAUUUUUUCCUUAAAGGGUAUUUGAUAUAGGACGGAUGAUAUCCUAAUGUUCUGAACAGUAUCAGGUGGACUUUUAAAAAACGCCAAAUUGCAGAUUGUCGGGAAAAUCAUUUGAUUCUGUUUCAGGGUAGGAAAUAUUGGCUUACUCCUUCUGAUGUUGUUUGUUGUUAGGUGCCGUUGAGUCAGUUCUGACUUAACGACCCUAUAUUCAACAGAAAAAACACUGCCUGGUCCUGUGCCAUCCUCAUAAUCGUUACACUUGA